UUUUAUGCUCUUCAAUUUUACAGGUUGGGGAACGAAUUCUAUGUCGUCACCCUUUUAGUGAAUCCAAAAGAGCAUAUGUGGUGCCAAAGCGUGUAGAGGAGCUUCUGAAGUGUUAUUGACCUGGGAAAUCAGGUAAAGAGAGAAGAGUUACCGGCUCUCAAGGACAUUAGAGAUCACUGCAUCAAACAGCUUGAGCAAAUGAGGCCUGAUCACAUCAGGAGAUUAAACCUAACACCAUACAAGGUAUGGCAAGACUAACUUCAUGAAAAUAUCCUUUUCCUACUCAAACUUAUCACUAGUUUAAAGCAUCUUCUUAUCACUAACCAGGUGAGUGUAAGUGCAAAACUGUAUGAUUUCAUCCAUUUCCUAUGGCUCAACGAGGCGCCUGUGGGCGAGCUGCAUUGAGAUCCGAGAUAUAUCAACAUGGAAUAGCUUACCAAUAGCAGCUAAAACAACAGGAAAAAGUAAGGUAGGAAAAUGUCGGCUCAUCUCUCCAAGACAGACUCCGAGGUGAGUAGCGUGAGUCAAUCGUCACCAGCAAGGUCCCCUCGUCGACAAAUGUACUAUGUUCAGAGUCCAUCAAGGGACUCACACGAUGGUGAAAAGACUACCAACUCGUUCAACUCGACGCCGGUGCUCAGCCCCAUGGGCUCACCACCUCACUCCCACUCCAACUCCUCCUUAGGCCCUCAUUCCUCGCGCGAGUCAUCUUCCACGCGCCUGUCUGGAUCGCUCAAACCGCAUCGAAAACACGACGGAUCUCGCAAGGGCCGCAACAACAAGCAGCCGUGGAAAGAGUUCGACGCCAUCGAAGAGGAAGGCUUGCUCGACGGUGAAGGUGACUAUAACGGCCUCCAUCGUCGACGUUGCUAUUUCCUCGCAUUCAUCGUCGGCUUCUUCGUUCUCUUCACCACGUUUUCUUUGAUCCUUUGGGGAGCUAGUAAACCCCAAAAACCUAAAAUCACCAUGAAGAGCAUUUGGUUCAACGAAUUCAGGGUUCAAGCGGGUGCGGAUUUCUCCGGAGUGAGCACAGAAAUGAUAUCGAUGAACUGCACAUUGAAGCUCACAUAUCGAAACACAGCUACGUUUUUUGGGGUCCAUGUAACAUCAACACCCUUAGAUCUCUCUUACUCUCAGCUCACCGUGGCCACCGGAUCGAUACGCAAGUUUUAUCAAUCCAGAAAGAGCCAAAGAUCAUUGAUUGUGACGAUGAAAGGGAGUCAUAUUCCCUUGUAUGGAGGAGGGGCUAACUUGGCUAGUCUCAAUGGUGCACCGACUCAACCGGUGCCAUUGACACUUAACUUCAUGGUUCGUUCCAGGGCUUAUGUUUUGGGCAGGCUGGUGAAACCCAAGUUCUAUAAGAGGAUCCAGUGUUGGGUCACCAUGGACCCCAAGCAGAUGAAUAAGGCUAUCUCACUAAAGAACAAAUGCAUUUACAGCUGAUCAGCUGUACUUGUAUGAAUGGCCAAGGCAAGUUUACAGUUACAGUGAGUGGCUUGGAUUCCGGGAUGGGUUCAUGAUUCUCAGGGGCAUUGGAAAU